UUAUUUUUUCUAGAUUUUAAAUGUGUUAUUAAUUUCUUGUGCGGGCAGAGAAGUUCAUGAUCUCUGAAGAAAAUGUUAAGAUGAGUCAUGAAUUGUUGUUGAAAUUGUUGGCUGAACCUCAAUUUAAAUAUGAAUUUGCAAAAGUAUUUCUGAGCUAUUACCCAACUGUUGUGAAUGAGGCAGUAAGGGAAGGUAAUGAUAUAGUUUUAAACAAAUAUCCACUUCUAUCAACAUUCUCGGUGCAGAUAUUUAUGGUGCCUACUUUGACCCUGUGUCUUGUGAAGGAAAUGAAUCUUCUGCCCAUGCUGUUGGGAUGUUUACAGGACAUAUUUGUGUCUUACGCUGGAGAAGAUGGUAAAUUGCAGGUCUGAAAUGGGCAGAUUUGUAUGAAACAACUCUCCAUGUGGUUGAAGAUAUUCGAUUUGUCAUGAGUCAUUCUCUUGUACCGAGAUAUGUGACUCAUGAUCGACGAGAUAUAUUGAGAACAUGGAUGAAACAAUUGGCUUUCGUGCAAGGAAUGAACCCACAAUAAA